AGUGACAACGAGGAGGAGCGAGGUCGCCCGUCGCGGAACGGCCAGUCUGGGAGGUCAGUGUUCAAAGACGAGGAGGAAACCGUGCCGUUGACUACAAGAGCGUCCAGAUCGUCCAGGCACAGAAACCACAGCAACCAGGAAGAGAGGCGGGGUUCCGUCCAAAACUGUGUCCCUGGGAGCCGCGGCCCACUACACAGGAGACAAGAGCCCCGAUACCUCCGCCAAACAGGUGUGUGCCCGUGCGCAUUCAGUCCAUGCUGGUCCUCUCUAGCUUAUUGCUGCCAUCUGGUGGUAACAGCGGACAGUGCAGUGUCUCUCCUCUCAUCUCUCCUCUCCUUCUCUCCGUUCCAGACUCCGUCCGCAGCAGCACCCCAGCCCUCCAGCAGUGGUCUAGCUGACCUAUUGAUGGUAGAUUCAGGACCCAGCCAGCCUGCAGCAGCCACCGGUAACUACACACACUGAGAGGACAUCAUGGAGGGUUAGGGGGAGGUAGUGUAGUUACAGGACAUCAUGGAGGGUUAGGGGGAGGUAGUGUAGUUACAGGACAUCAUGGGGGGUUAGGGGGAGGUAGUGUAGUUACAGGACAUCAUGGGGGGUUAGGGGGAGGUAGUGUAGUUACAGGACAUCAUGGAGGGUUAGGGGGAGGUAGUGUAGUUACAGGACAUCAUGGAGGGUUAGGGGGAGGUAGUGUAGUUACAGGACAUCAUGGAGGGUUAGGGGGAGGUAGUGUAGUUACAGGACAUCAUGGAGGGUUAGGGGGAGGUAGUGUAGUUACAGGACAUCAUGGAGGGUUAGGGGGGAGGUAGUGUAGUUACAGGACAUCAUGGAGGGUUAGGGGGAGGUAGUGUAGUUACAGGACAUCAUGGAGGGUUAGGGGGAGGUAGUGUAGUUACAGGACAUCAUGGAGGGUUAGGGGGAGGUAGUUAGUUCGACAUAGGAGGGUUAGGGGGAGGUAGUGUAGUUACAGGACAUCAUGGAGGGUUAGGGGGAGGUAGUGUAGUUACAGGACAUCAUGGAGGGUUAGGGGGAGGUAGUGUAGUUACAGGACAUCAUGGAGGGUUAGGGGGAGGUAGUGUAGUUACAGGACAUCAUGGAGGGUUAGGGGGAGGUAGUGUAGAACCAGAUGUCCCUGCAGUAGCAGUCCCUGGAAAGGAAGAGCUCAGCAGAUGUUUGAUAAGCUAUAAUUCUAUGGGAUACUUUCCCUACUUGGAGCAUCCAUUCUGCAGCUUUCUGGGUAGCUUGGUCGCUCUGGGCUGGUAGGUCUCUGGUCUGGAGGUCUCUGGUAGGUCUCCUGGGUAGGUCUCUGGUAGGGGCCUGGAGGUCUCUGGCUGGGUAGGUCUCUGGGCUAGGUCUUGGGCCUGGCAGGUCUCCUGGGGUCUCUGGGCUGUGGUCUCUGGGCCUGGGCAGGUCUCUGGCCUGUAGGUCUCUGGGUAGGUCUCUGGGCCUGGGUAGGUCUCUGGGCCUGGGUAGGUCUCUGGGCCUGGGUAGGUCUCUGGGUCUGGGUAGGUCUCUGGGCCUGGGUGGGUCUCUGGGCCUGGGUAGGUCUCUGGGUAGGUCUCUGGGCCUGGGCAGGUCUCUGGGCUUGGUAUGUCUUCUGGCCUGUUAGGUCUCUGGUAGGUCUCUGGGCCUGGUAGGGCCUGGGCCUGGGUAAGGUCUCUGGGCCUGGGUAGGUCUCUGGGUCUGGGCAGGUCUCUGGGCAGGUCUCUGGGCCUGGGUAGGUCUCUGGGUAGGUCUCUGGGCAGGUCUCUGGGUCUGGGCAGGUUUCUGGGUCUGGGCCUGGGCAGGUCUCUGGGCCUGGGCAGGUCUCUGGGAACUGUCACAUUUCAAUCAUUAAGUUUUGUAUGGUCACUUGGUCCCUUUAAUAAUGUUUACAUACUGUUUUACCAAAUCUCAUAUGUAUAUACUGUAUUCUAUACUAUUGUAUUUUAGUCAAUGCCACUCUGACAUUGCUCAUCCUAAUAUUUUUAUUUCUAAAUUCCAUUCUUUUACUUUUAGAUUUGUGUAUAUUGUGAAUUGUUAGAUACUACUGCACUGUUGGAGCUAGGAACACAAGCAUUUCGCUACACCCGCAAUGACAUCUGCUAAAUAUGUGUAUGUGACCAAUCACAUUUGAUUUGUAUGUCUCUUUCCAGACCUGAUAGGAGGAUUUGCUGACUUCUCCUCACCUGCUGCCUCUGUCGGCCUCUCUACAGUACCUGGUGAGUUUAGAAAGCACUAGAAUAUUCAGAGAGAUGGAGGGGAGGAUGUCUGGCCAACAGGAACAGACACAUCUCAACUCCUGUUAGAUAUGACAGAGAGAGCGAGGGAGGGAGAGGCAGGUAAAGAGAUGUCCUGACAUAUUGAAGUCCAUAGUUCUUUAUAGUCUAGUUUAUCCACUAGAACCCUUUUCCUCUCCCCUCUUCUCUCCUUCUCUCCAGCCUCCAGUGACUUUGGGGACUGGAAUGCUUUCCCUGACGGCCAGGCCCCCGUCCCCACCCCCUUCGCCCAGCCUCUGGCCCCCAGCAACACUGACCUGUUUGGGGCUCUGUCGGCCAGCUCUGCCUCGGCCCCGGCUCCAGCCUCAGCUGACCUGUUUGACCUGAUGGGUCCGGUCCCGACCCAGUCUCUCUCUGCCUCUCAGAGCCUCACCUUCAAUAUGACCAGCACACAGACCAUCAGCAGCACCAUGCCACAGUCCAGAUCACUGGUAAGAAUACAGGACAGACAUGGUGCACACAGUAAAUGUAUUCACAUGGUAAAUUGUCCUUAUUGUGCCUGAUGCACUGUUAAUGAGAGGAGUGACAGUAACUGUCAGUGGUUUAGAGGAACACACACACGACAGAGCAACGGCAGAGAGCCAAGGUUUGCAGAUGCUCCUCCUUCCCUAGGGACAAACGCAAACACACACACACACACACACACAGUGAGAAGGAAUCAGUUUGAGUCAGAAAACCAUUCAAUCUAAUACGAGGUUGUGUUUGCAUAGAUAUUUGCAUGUCAAAAACCUGACCUACUUAAAAAAGACAAGCUUAGUUUUGCAGAUGAAUCAAACCUGCCCCUUCCUAUCCUGUUCAUUCUGGUUAGAUAAGAUGAGAUGUGUUUUUAUGUAGAUUACUUUAAAGACAGCAGUUCAACCUUCAUAUGUCACCAUUAUAUAGGUCACCUUAACAUUACUAUCUAUUGUCUGUCGCUCUCUCUCUCUCUCUCUCUCUACCUCUACCUACCUCCCUCUCUCUCCCCCCUCAGCCCUUCCAGGUGAUGGGUGGUCCGUUGCAGCCCCAGCAGCAGCAGCAAGUCAUGCUGGGUACCCAGGGUUCCAUGGGGUCAGCGAUCCCCUCCACCUGGUCUGACUCUUCGGUCAACAUCAGUCUGGACUUCCUGGCACCCGGCAUGCAGCCCCCCAAACCUGCCCAGCCCACCCUCAACACACUCCAAGGUGAGUACUGGGUUGUAGUUUAGACUGGGAUAGAAAUAGUACUGUGUUUAUCUGGAGGGUGUUGAAAACGCUGCUGAAUGUCUGUUGAAAAAAAUGUUGGUUUGAAAUCCAUUCAAUUGUUCGUGGAGUAUCCAAGAUCCCCAGCGUGUGGGACUUCUUCCUUUUUAUCAGGAUGGUCACAAGAUGAUUCAAAAGGCUUUAGUUUCAGUCAGAUGGAAGUAGAUGCUUACUACUUGUUCAGUAUAAUAUAGGUUCGCUUGCUUACUUGUUCAUAUGUAACUCUAGGAUCCUUGGGCCUACUGUUCAGUUAGGAUGUAGGGUUGGGCUCUGUUCAGCAGAAUCAGUAGGAUUGCUGGGACCAUGUUCCAUGGAAUAGUGAUCCUCUGGCUACUUUCGUCAAAUAGUAGGACUUCUGGGACCGACUGGUCCCAUACGGGCAGCCAUAACCUAGGUGUACUUGUUCAGUAGUUUAGACUGGGAUACGAAAAUAGUAGAUGCUGGUUUUAUAUGGAUGGGUGGGUUUUGGAAAAGGAUGUUUGGGAAUGUUCGUUGGAAAAAUGUUGGAUUUUAGAAAUCAUAAUGUUGGGAUAUCGCAAGGGAUCAGCGUGCUGGGUACUUGUUCGUAUGUAGUCAGGAUGUUGGCACCAGAGGGAUUAAGAGCUUUACUUGUUCAGUCAAUGGAAUAGUAGGAUGCUUGGGACUACUUGUUCAGUAUGGAAUAGUAGGAUGCUUGGGACUACUUGUUCAGUAUGGAAUAGUAGGAUGCUUGGGACUACUUGUUCAGUAUGGAAUAGUAGGAUGCUUGGCCUACUUGUUCAGUAUGGAAUAGUAGGAUGCUUGGGACUACUUGUUCAGUAUGGAAUAGUAGGAUGCUUGGGUCUACUUGUUCAGUAUGGAAUAGUAGGAUGCUUGGGUCUACUUGUUCAGUAUGGAAUAGUAGGAUGCUUGGCUCUACUUGUUCAGUAUGGAAUAGUAGGAUGCUUGGGACUACUUGUUCAGUAUGGAAUAGUAGGAUGCUUGGGACUACUUGUUCAGUAUGGAAUAAUAGGAUGCUUGGGACUACUUGUUCAGUAUGGAAUAGUAGGAUGCUUGGGACUACUUGUUCAGUAUGGAAUAGUAGGAUGCUUGGGACUACUUGUUCAGUAUGGAGUGUGUGAACAUGUGUGUGAUGUCAUGCUGUCCUCUGACUCCACUUCUUCCUGUUUCUGUCUUCUAGGAAGCCAGCCCCUCCCACCCGUCAACAUGCUCUCCCAGGGAUUCGCCGGCAUGGGCCUCGCCCCCAUCAGAACGCCUACAACUCCCAUGAUGCACCCCGGUGCUGGCAUGGGCAUGGCCCCCAGUCAGGGCAUGAUGGGAAUGGGCAUGAACAUGGGCGCCAUGCCCCAGGCUAACAUGACCAUGGGGAUGGGCAUGCCUGGUGCUAUGGGAGUGGGGAUGCCAGCCAUGUCUAUGGGCUCUGGCAUGGUACAGCAGCAGCCCAAGCCAGGAUUGGAUGCCUUCGCGGAUUUCGGCAACUUCAGGAAGUGAGGGAAGAGGAGGUGAAGUGAAAGAGAGGGCUGUUUCUAUUUUACUCUCUAUCCAACCGCCUGUCCUUGAAGGAUUGUAAAGAGCUGCAAACAAAGAGUACUUGAAUGUUGUCAAAUAUCAAAUACUGACUGCCACCCCUCCAUUUCCUGUUUCUUUCCUUUUUUAAGUGACGUUUAGAGAUAUGAAUAUACAUGAAUGUAUGUAUGUUUAGUCAGUUGGAACUUGCAAUCAAGUACCUUUUUUAGAGGGUAUUCAGUACAGUAAUGGUUGUGUGCUGUUCGGGUUUGAAUCGGAGAGGGAGAACAACUAAGGGAGAGAGUGUGAGAGAGCGAAAAACACUGUAACAGAAUGAUGCUGAAACUCUGAUUUUUCACUUUAAAAUGUAUGCCAAACAAA